AACAUUUCCUUCCGGGGGCCUGCAGGCCAAUAAAUACAGUGGAUGCAUUGGGCCUGUGGCCUAGGGCAGCCCAGGCUCAAGCCAGCAGCUUCGGUCCUGGGAAAGAAAAGUGGGGAGAUCAACACCCAUCCUCAAAGAACGUUCCUGAAGAGGGACUGAGGUUGCAAGGGGGACAAAAAUUUGGCGACUGGCGUCUUAAACUUGGCUUCUGGGUACAGGUGGGUCAUAACUGACAUCACUAACCAGCUACCUUCACGAGCAGCCUCCUGCCUCAGACUCUUCAGGGCCUGAGAAGCUCACCUACUGUCCAAGCUUCUGGAUACUAGGCUCCACGUCUCUUGUGUACUCCUUCCCACACUGAGAUGUGCUCCCUGCCUGGGUCCCGGAAGCCCCUGCUCCGUGUGGCUGUGACUGGGGGCACCCAUGGGAAUGAGAUGUGUGGUGUCUACCUGGCCCGGUACUGGUUACAGAACCCAGGGGAGCUGCAGAGACCCAGCUUCUCAGCCAUGCCAGUUCUGGCCAACCCAGCAGCCACAGCUGCCUGUCGCCGUUACAUAGACCGUGAUCUCAACCGCACCUUCACACUCACCUUCCUUGGUUCCACCGCUACCCCCGAUGACCCAUAUGAAGUGAAAAGAGCCCAAGAGUUGAACCAGCUACUGGGUCCCAAAGGCACAUGUCAGGCUUUCGACUUUAUACUAGACCUGCACAACACCACAGCGAACACUGGGGCCUGUCUCAUUUCUGAAGUCUCCCAGAACCCCUUCAACUUGCACCUGUGCCACUACCUACAGCUGCAGAACCCGGGGCUGCCCUGCCGCCUUUUCCAGUUUGAGCCACCUGGGACAGAGUCCUACACUCUGGAGCUGGGCCCCCAGCCUCAGGGCGUGCUGCGGGCUGAACUGUUCUCCCAGAUGAGAGCGAUGGUGGCCUCCAUUCUGGACUUCAUCGAACUCUUCAACCAAGGCAUGGAAUUCCCCGCCUUUGAGAUGGAGGUCUACAAGAACUUGGGCAGCGUGGACUUCCCACGCACCACAGAUGGUCACCUGACUGGCACUGUGCACUCUAGGCUGCAGAGCCUCGCCCUGGGUCUGGCAUUUGGAGAAGCUUAAAUCUUCACUGUGGGAUGAGGGAGGCUGGUGGAUACUGUCCUCCUUUAACUGGAGAAGCAGAAGGGAGGAGACAAGACCCAAGUCACCUGCUUCGACGUGCAAACGUUCUUUUUCCAUGCCUGUGAGCUGACUGUCCGCAUGGGGUCGCUGUUAAACAGGGUCUUGUGCAGUCUGGUAGCCUUUUUCUACAGCAGUCUUAGUAGUUUUAAUCUUGUUCUUGACAUCUGGGAGAGCAUCCUAAGCCAGCCCUGCCCACAUGCAAAUGUUGCAUAACAUCAGCUAUAUUGGAGAAUCUACCUUAAAAACUAUAAACACGCUCUCUAUUUUGUCUGAGAAGAGACUGUAAGUAUACAAGAAUGAUUCUGGUGAGAGUAUUUCUUGAUGGCAUCAUAGCCAUUUUAAUUUGCACAGUAUGCACCAUGAUGUUCUUGAAACAGCAAAAUCACCCUCGUGACACAUUUCUCAGAACUAAUCUUGUCUCUAAGCAGUGCUCCUUGGCAAGAGUAGGGUUACCCUCCUGGGGGAGCGUGGGGGCAGAGGUCACAGCCUCAGCAACCUUGGCCUCGGCUCUCCUCCCAGGACCACGACUUUGAGCCGCUGAGGCCUGGUGAACCUAUCUUUAAGCUGUUCAGUGGAGAGGAUGUACUGUAUGAGGGGGACUCUGUUGUAUACCCUCUGUUUGUUAAUGAGGCCGCCUACUACGAGAAGCGUGUGGCUUUUCUGAAGUCUGAGAAGAUCCGGAUCUCGGUGCCUGCCCUGCCAGGGCUGACCCCCAGCUCCACCCAGACUCCAUAAUCCAAGUCAUAUGCCUACCUAACCUCAGUCUCCCUAUCUGAGCAAUGGGUCUCAAGACACAGUUCCAAGUCCGGGGUCUCCUGUCUCACUCUGGACACCAUGUCCUUUUCCAGACAACUGAUCUCAUGAUAUAAAAUAGACUGUGCCCCUCAAAAA